UGUCGCCAGCCAGGGCUGUUGUUGCCCUAUAGUUCCAUUUAAUUACAUUGAGCAAGUUUGAAAACGUAUAAAUAUUCGACUAACAGCUGUAAACUUUCGUUGAGUGUCAAAAAUAGGCCCGAGUUUGAACCACAGAUUUCAUAUCUUGCGAAAACGUGCGCUUACGUCGGUUUGCGUGUGAGAGAGUGUGUGGUGAAUUCUCCCACAUACCCCCCCAGUGCCCCUCUCGGUUUGUCAGCGCGCAAAACGUAAAUUUUACUGCAAAUAAAUUGCUCUGCUCUUAUCUCGAGGCGCGCGCGCUCGAAUGAUGAGUAUGUGUGCGUGUGUGCGAGGGAAUGUUGUUAAUUAAUUUACAAAAGUCGGUCCUGAAGCUCCCCUCAGUGCAAGAUUCCCCCAUAUCCCUAUUUGUUGUUGAUAAAGCGUUGAGAAACGAGGGGCGCCCCCAAUCAAAGAGUGACCUUACAGCAAUAACAACAUAACUACCGUUGCAGUUUGAGUGAAUGCGGGGCAGCCGCCCAACCACCCGACCUCUCCCCCCAACUACUGGCUUAGAAAACGAAAGUAAAGUUAUUUUUUAUGUACAGUGUAAACACACUCUGUCAGUGCGCCAAGAGAGAGAGGAAAACAGAAAGAGCGUGGAAACAAGAGAGCGCCAGGCCAGAGAGGGAGGGACUUGAACACUUGGCCUUGAACUUGUGCGGACGCUAUAGAAUAGGCACGGGACCUCAGGUGGAAGCGACAGAGGAGCCACAGACACGUCAAUUGCCAUAAUGUGCGUACAAUAAAACGGAUUGGAACGCACCGAGCUGCCGAUAAAUACUGCAGACUUAUCUCUGGUAUUCCCUGGAUUCUCUUAUGUAUAAUAAUCUGCAAUCGAAAGUGGUGGAAAACUGCAGGAACAGUUGACUACUUCCCUGCACAUGCUGCACAUCCUUGAAUCAAGUGGAAAUAUAUUUGUACCUGUUGUUGGUCGUCGCCUGCCGCCAAAGGCAAGAGGCAGUUACUUCUUCCGCUAAGCUACCUGAAAACAAUUUAUAUGGAAACAUAAUUAUAUAGAAAAAGAUAUAUACAAUAUACAUGAAGAAUUUGCUGUUCUGACAAGCCGUCCACUUAUACAACAAUAGCAAGGAACAAGAGGGAACCCCCGUAUCCAUAUACAGGAUAUUAUAUGCAUGAGUGUGUGUGUGUGUGUGUGUGUGUGGAUACAAAUACAUAUUAAAUAUGCCCAAAGGCUGCCACAAUAGCAAGAGAAACAGCAGCAACAGCAGCAGCAACAGCAGCAGCAACAGCUACGCGAAGAAGAGGAACCUGACGAAUAAUUAACGAGAGUUUACCUGACACCACACUAGAUACACAAAGAGAGAGGAAGGAAGGAACCCAGGAGCCCCCCAAUAACCAUUCAAGCUUUCAGCUUAAGGAACAUACUGGGAGACACCAGAACCCGCCACCCGCCAUCCACCAUAAUCAUUAUUAUAAUAAUCGGAGAAGCGAAAAGAGGAUAGGAAAACUGUUGCCAUGGGUCGCAAAAAAAUCCAGAUAUCACGCAUCACCGAUGAACGCAAUCGGCAGGUGACCUUCAACAAGCGGAAGUUCGGCGUUAUGAAGAAGGCCUACGAGCUAUCGGUGCUCUGCGACUGCGAGAUAGCGCUGAUCAUCUUCUCGUCCAGCAACAAGCUCUACCAAUAUGCCAGCACGGACAUGGACAGGGUGCUGCUCAAGUACACAGAAUACAACGAGCCGCACGAGUCGCUGACCAACAAGAACAUCAUUGAGAAGGAGAACAAAAACGGCGUCAUGUCCCCGGACUCGCCCGAAGCCGAAACAGACUACACGCUAACACCACGAACCGAGGCCAAGUACAACAAGAUCGACGAGGAGUUCCAGAACAUGAUGCAGCGCAACCAGAUGGCCAUUGGGGUGACCGGGGCGCCGCGGCAGCUGCCAAACAGUAGCUACACGCUGCCCGUGUCGGUGCCAGUGCCAGGGUCCUAUGGUGAGAACCUGCUGCAGGCCAGCCCACAAAUGUCCCACACCAACAUCAGCCCCCGUCCAUCCAGCUCGGAGACGGAUUCAGGUGGGAUGUCCUUGAUAAUAUAUCCAUCGGGUUCCAUGCUGGAGAUGUCGAAUGGCUAUCCGCAUUCCCAUUCGCCGCUUGUGGGAUCGCCCAGUCCAGGUCCCAGUCCUGGCAUAGCCCAUCACUUGCCCAUCAAGCAACAGUCGCCGGGCAGCCAGAAUGGACGUUCUUCCAACCUGCGGGUCGUCAUACCGCCCACCAUAGCACCCAUACCGCCCAACAUGUCUGCGCCCGAGGAUGUGGCCUACACAGAUAUCCCUCCGUGCUCUCCCUUCCAGCAACGACAGAGCCAAACAUCGCUGAACACGCCCGUGGUGACGCUGCAGACUCCGAUACCCGCCCUCACGAGCUACUCCUUUGGGGCGCAGGACUUCUCCUCCUCCGGCGUCAUCGGCAGUGCGGAUAUCAUGAGCCUGCCCCAAUGGCACCAGGGUCUGGUGCAGCACUCUAGUCUCUCGCAUCUGGCUGUCUCGAAUAGCACACCGCCGCCCGCCACCUCACCCGUCUCCAUCAAGGUCAAGGCCGAGCCACAGUCGCCGCCGCGUGAUCUAUCCUCGAGCGGGCAUCAGCAGAACAGCAAUGGAUCGACGGGCAGCGGCGGCUCCAGCAGCAGCACGAGCAGCAACGCCUCGGGCGGUGGCGGGGGAGCAGGCUCCUCAGCCGCCAAUGCCGGCAAUGUCAUUACGCACUUGAACAAUGCCAGUAUCCUCGGAGGUGGUGGUCCACCAGGCGGAGGCGGUAGCAAUGGGAACGCGGAGCAGGCCACCAAUCUAAGCGUCCUGAGCCACUCGCAGCAGCACCUAGUGUUGCCCAACUCGAGGCCCUCGUCGACGGGUCACCUAACACCCACACCAGGGCAUGAUAAGUAUGAAGGAUAUCCGUACCGCGCGCUAAUGGGUCACAAUCCUAGAUGGAAUUUUGCCGACUUUAUCAUCUUAAACGCAGGUGCGCCCAGCAGCGAUCAGGAUGUGCGCCUCGCCGCCGUGGCAGUGCAGCAACAGCAGCAGCAACAGCAGCAACAACAGCAGCAACAACAGCAGCAGCAGCAGCAACACCAGCAACAGCAGCAGCAGCUGGGGGACUACGAUGCACCCAACCACAAACGUCCCAGAAUAUCGGGUGGAUGGGGUACAUAGCCGGCACGUGCAGGCGGUAGCAGCAGCCACUACAAGCAGCAACACAACAGCAAUGGCAAUGGCAAUGGCAAUGGCAAGAAGCAAGGAAUCCACACGAACAUCAGCGACAUAGACGAUCUGGCCAUGAUGCCGCCGCCGCCUCGUAAGGAUGUGGCCGCCGUACGGAGUUCGUUCAGCAUGUCUGCUUCUGGCUAUGACUGCUAUGGCCAACAGCAGCUGGCGGUAGCCUAUGG